UGAGAAACGCUGGUUUUCAAUUUCUCGAAGCUGACCCAUCCAUCGCUCGCGCCGCACGGGAAGACCUAGUGAAGUAUGCUCGGCGCCGCCUGGAGGGUGUUGCAGCGAGCCGUCACGUCUCCUCUCCUCGGCACGGGGCGAUCCCAAAUCCGGAGCCCUUUCCCCACCAUGGCGUCUCUCUCGCCGGCGGCUGCCUCCUCGCCGAAGAGGCUGAGGGUCUACUCGUCCGCCCCCGCCGGCGGCGAGGACGGCGCUGGGAGCGGCAGGCGAGUGGGGACCCACAACGGCAGCUUCCACUGCGACGAGGCGCUCGGCUGCUUCCUCAUCCGCCUCACCUCCCAGUUCGCGGGCGCCGACGUCGUCCGCACCCGCGACCCCCAGAUCCUUGAUACACUGGAUGCCGUGCUUGAUGUCGGUGGUGUCUAUGAUCCCAGCCGGCAUCGAUAUGAUCAUCACCAGAAGGGCUUCAAUGAGGUUUUUGGACAUGGAUUCAACACAAAACUUAGCAGUGCUGGACUUGUCUACAAGCAUUUUGGUAAGGAGAUAAUUGCUAAGGAGCUUGGACUUAAUGAAGAUCACGAAGAUGUUCACCGCCUGUAUCUUGCAAUAUAUAAAAGCUUUGUUGAGGCACUUGAUGCAAUUGACAAUGGAAUCAAUCAAUAUGACACAGACCAACCACCAAAGUAUGUGAACAAUACACACUUGUCUUCACGUGUUGGACGUCUUAAUCCGGACUGGACUGAUCCAGACCAGUCACCUGAGAAGGAGAACGCUGCAUUUCAACAGGCCAUGAUGCUAUCUGGAAGUGAAUUUAUGGAGAGUGUUCGCUUUCAUGUUAAAUCAUGGUUACCUGCAAGAUCUAUUGUCCUGGAGUGUCUGUUAUCAAGAGGAAAGGUUGACCCGAGUGGAGAAAUCAUGAUUUUGGAUAGAUUCUGCCCGUGGAAGCUUCAUCUAUUCGAGCUUGAAGAGGAGCUGAAGAUUGAUCCUCUGACCAAGUAUGUGCUGUAUCAGGAUGAGAGGAGCAAGAGCUGGCGAGUACAAGCCGUUGCUGUUGCUCCUGACAGGUUCGAGAGCCGAAAGGCUCUGCCAGAGAAGUGGAGGGGCAUGAGAGAUGAUGAACUGUCUGCAGAAACUGGCAUUCCAGGAUGCGUGUUUGUCCAUAUGAGUGGCUUCAUCGGCGGCAACAAGACCUACGAGGGAGCGUUGGAGAUGGCAAGAGCUGCUCUGAAAUGCUGAUUCAACCGAAGCAUCCAUCAGUAACAGUCUUACCCAUGUUACCAUAUGUUUGGUAAACACGUCGGAGCUUUAGCACACACAGUAUGGAAUUGGGCCUUCGCCCAUGUUAUCAUUGACCCGUAGUUGUAGUUGACAUUGAGAGUUCGUAUUCUGUUAUCCUCAUUUUACAGAAGAGGUCGAUUCUUCUUCCUUUUUCUCCUUUGAAUCUGGUAAUGACUAGAAUGUGACAAUUUAUUAAAAAAAAUGGUGGAACUUAUUGUUUGCUGCCCUUGUUUGGCAGUCA